AUGGCAGAACCAACUAUCAACGUAGAGCCCGACCUCGUGCCGGAUGAACAGUCCGAGGAAGAGCAUGACUCUUCGAUUGGAUCGAGCCUAGCAUCCACGUCUGAGAGCUUGAGAAGCUCUAUUCUAGACUAUCGAAAGGAAAACGGCAGGACCUAUCAUCGGUAUAAGGACGGAAAGUAUAACCUUCCUAAUGACGACAUCGAGAAAGAGAGACUUGGUGAGGCAAAGCCUCGAGAGGUCGCCUUCGCUGCUGACGCCUUCGGCUAG